ACACGCACCGCCGUUUCCCGUCGUCGUCCUCGCUGUGGAUAAGGUCCAGGAAAGGCUGAGGACGGAAGCAAUCAGCAGCCGGGAGGGAAUACUUUAAUCGAGCAAUCAGGAGGAGAGGCAAAGGAAAAGAUCGAUUUUGAUUUGCGGUAAGGAAUCAAGCAGAGAAGGCGGAGAGAGGACGCAAUCUGGAUUGGAAAGUUUGGCAUUUUUUUGGGCUGAAAGCGACGCCGGUGCCGCGGCGACCCGGAAGGCAAGAACUCUCUCUCCUUCCCUUUUUCCAUCAGUUCUUGGUGUGAAAGCGAGAGGUUGCUCUGCUCGUCAAAUCCACACGCCGUUCGCCUAUAAAAAGAGCGGAGAUUGAGGCAGGAAGAGAGGUUGCUCUGCGCGUAAAGUCUUGCGCUUUUGAUCUUAUCUGGCUCGCCGGUGUGAAGGACAGUGACACAAAUGGGAUUUGGGGAUGGGUCACCAAGUGACAGCAAGCAUGCGUCACACAAGGAAAUACGAGAUGAGACCACACCACUUCUCCCAAUUAAGGCAGAGGAGGAGGGGAUCCAUGAGUUCAAUGGAGCUUCUUUCACUGGUGCAGUGUUCAAUCUGUCGACGACCAUCGUCGGGGCUGGGAUUAUGGCCCUGCCUGCAAGUGUCAAGAUGCUGGGCAUUAUCCCUGGUAUCCUGAUGAUCAUCCUUGUGGCGUUGCUCACUGAGGCAUCCAUUGACAUGCUGCUCAGGUGCAGCCACCAGGGCAAGAUUACGUCCUACGGGUGGCUGAUGGGUGAAACUUUCGGUCGGUGGGGGAGGAUUGCGCUGCAAGUAUCUGUUGUUAUAAACAACAUUGGCAUGAUGAUUGUUUACAUGAUUAUCGUUGGUGAUGUGCUUUCUGGAACAUCAACAACUGGUGUCCAUCACCGUGGUAUCUUCGAGGGGUGGUUUGGACCUCAUUUGUGGAAUUCUCGCCCCAUCGUUCUCCUUGCUACAACUCUUUUUGUUUUUGCUCCAUUGGUGAGCUUUAAGCGUUUAGAUUCAUUGAGAUACACAUCUGCGCUGUCAGUUGCUCUUGCUGUGGUUUUUGUUGUAAUCACUGCUGGAAUUGCUAUUGUCAGACUCAUAGAAGGAACUGUGGAGAUUCCCAAACUCUUCCCUGACAUAGAUGGAAUUAACUCUAUCUGGGAACUCUUUACAGCUGUGCCGGUUCUUGUCACUGCCUACAUUUGCCACUACAAUGUGCACAGCAUCGACAAUGAGUUGGAAGAUAGAAGUCAAACUAAGCCAAUUGUGCAAACUUCGCUCGCUCUAUGUUCGAGUGUUUAUAUCGCGACAAGCUUUUUUGCAUAUCUCCUCUUUGGAGAGGGUACCCUGGCUGACGUACUCGCCAAUUUUGACUCCAACCUUCAUAUUCCAUUCAGCUCUAUCUUCAAUGAUGUAGUUAGACUGAGCUAUGUGGUCCAUAUCAUGCUAGUCUUUCCCAUAGUCUUCUUUGCCCUUAGGCUCAACUUGGAUGGACUGCUCUUCCCCAGCGCAAGGCACAUUUCUCAUGACAACAGAAGGUUCACCAUUAUCACAGUAUCACUCCUUGCUGUAAUUUAUCUUGCUGCCAUCUUCAUACCGAGCAUUUGGGAUGCGUUCCAAUUCACUGGUGCCACAGCUGCUGUCCUUAUUGGUUUUAUCUUCCCUGCCAUGAUCAUACUCAGGGAUCCUUAUGCAAUUGCAACCAAACGCGACAAGAUUUUGGCUGUAACCAUGAUCGUGCUCGCUGUGCUCUCAAAUUCUGUGGCUCUAUACAGCGACGCACUGAACAUCAUCUUUCACAGGAAAGAGGAGGCCUAAACUCUGUACUUCGAGGGGCGAAGUGGAGUGUACACUGUACAGUAAUACAGUUAUUAGAAUGAUUGGUGAGUUUGAAUUAGUAAUACACAGCAAAGCAAUGUGAUUUCGGUGGUGGCCAUUGAUUUUUUUUGUUCUGGACGCCUGGAAGGAUUUGGUUUGCUGCAUUUUGUCUAGUUUCCUGAACAUUUGCUGGCUCAACAUUUAGAUGAGCCAUUUGUGAACUGUGAUACGGUUGAGGGUGUUUGUAUCAAUUAAAGAAACUUUUUUGGGGGUUUUAUACAUGUUUAUUCAGCCAUCCUGAAAAUUUAGAAGGGAUGGCUUGAAAAGGCUGUUUAUAUACAAUAAUGAAUAUUGAAACUUACAGUUUCCGUUUUGUGUCGCAAAGAACUUGGAGCCACUGUAUAUUAUAUUUUUAUGUUAAUUUGCGGAGACAUAUAACUGCCCAAAUUUGCCUUAAUAAAGUACAGCUAU